AUGCUGCGCCAACUCUUCGUGCUUUCAGCCUGCCUCGCCGCUCUCUUCUUCUGUGUAGCCACAGCUCAGCCGUGCCAGCUGUCGGUGUCGCAGAUCACUCGAUCGGGCGGGUCGUGGACGCAGGGCGACUUCUUCUUCCAGAUCUACGACCUUCCCAUCGUCAACACCGGCUCCAGCCCGGUCACCUCGGCCGUCAUUGCCAUCGACACGGCCCCCAAUCAGGAACAGGUCAUCACCCAGUUCUGGAACCUCGCACGACAGAGCGCCACCUCAAACCUCUUCAACGUGGCUAACCCCGGCGGCAACAUCGAGGUGGGCGCCACUCUGGGCGCCGGCUACAUCGUGCCGCCCACGACCCGCCUCGUCUCGGUCAACUGCGUGGGAGGGCCUUCGCCCACAAUCGUGGCCACUCCGCAGCCCUCGGCCUCGCCCGCGGCCGGGUGCAACGCCGCGGUGAGCAUCGUGGCCCGCUCGGCGGCGGCCGGCGGCAGCUGGACCACGGGACCCAACCAGUUCUUCCAGAUCUUCGACAUCACCAUCACCAACACCGGCCAGCGCCCGCUCAACGGCGGCGUGCUCACCUUCGGCCUCCCCGUGGCCGGCUCCACCAUCACCCAGUGGUGGGAACUCAACCGACAGGGCAACACCAACGUCUUCAACGUGGCCUUCAACUUCGGCCCACUGCUGGUGGGCGCCAGUCAGGGCGCCGGCAUCGUGGUGCAGACCUCGUCGCCCUCGCAGGCCCUCCCGUCGGCCGUGCUCUCCAACCUCGCCUGCGCCGCCUGA